AUGGCUGACCGGAGAGCCGAAGAAAAUGGCCAACCCACCCAAUCCACCAAGAAAGCCAUUGAGGAUUUCGAUCCCGCACCCAAACCCAAAAGAAACAGGUAUGCUUUUGCUUGUGCUAUGUUGGCUUCCAUGACUUCUAUCCUACUCGGUUAUGAUAUUGGUGUGAUGAGUGGAGCAGCGAUCUUCAUCAAAGACGACCUCAAGAUCUCCGACGUGCAGGUCGAAGUUCUUGUCGGAAUUCUGAAUCUCUACUCCCUCAUCGGCUCUGCCGCCGCCGGCAGGACGUCCGACUGGAUUGGACGUCGCUAUACCAUAGUCCUCGCCGGAGCCAUCUUCUUCGCUGGAGCUCUUCUCAUGGGCUUCGCCACCAACUACUCCUUCCUCAUGUUCGGGAGGUUUGUUGCUGGAAUAGGGGUUGGUUAUGCCCUGAUGAUUGCCCCUGUCUACACCGUCGAAGUUUCUCCGGCGUCGUCUCGUGGAUUCCUCACGUCUUUCGCUGAUAUGUUUAUCAAUGCCGGAAUCUUAUUGGGUUACAUAUCCAACUGGGCAUUCUCCAAGCUCGCACUUAACCUAGGGUGGCGUCUCAUGCUCGGCGUCGGUGCCAUCCCCUCUGUCUUCCUCGCCCUUGGGGUCAUAGCCAUGCCAGAAUCCCCUCGCUGGCUCGUCAUGCAGGGCCGCCUUGCCGACGCCAAGCGAGUUCUCGACCGAACCUCAGACUCAACAGAAGAGUCCAAACUUCGACUCGCUGACAUCAAAGAAGCUGCUAGAAUUCCCGAACACUGCAACGACGACGUCGUUGAAGUCCCGAAAAACAGCCAUGGUGAAGACGUGUGGAAAGAGCUCAUCCUGCGCCCCACUCCAGCCGUCCGUCACAUUCUCAUUGCUGCCGUCGGUUUACAUUUCUUCCAACAAGCAUCUGGCAUCGACGCCGUCGUUUUGUACAGCCCGAGAAUCUUUAAAUAUGCUGGAAUCACGGCCAAGAACAAACUCCUCCUCGCCACCAUAGCCGUCGGAUCCGUCAAGACAGUCGUCAUCCUCGUCGCCACGUUUCUAUUGGACCGGAUAGGACGCCGCCCUUUGCUUCUUAGUAGCAUGGCAGGGAUGAUAGCCUCACUCGUGUGCCUUGGUUUCGGCCUCACCAUCGUUGACCACAACGACGAGAAGGUUAUGUGGGCCAUCGUGCUCUCCAUCACCAUGGUAUUGUUCUACGUCGCGUUCUUCUCCAUCGGAAUGGGCCCAGUCACGUGGGUCUACACCUCAGAGAUCUUCCCGUUAAAGCUACGUGCCCAGGGUUUCAGUAUCGGAGUCGCCGUCAACAGAGUUGCUAGUGGAAUACUCUCAAUGACAUUUAUAUCCCUCUACAAGGCCAUAACUAUUGGUGGAGCAUUCUUUCUUUACGCCGGAAUUGGGGUGGUUGGCUGGGUGUUCUUCUAUACAAUGCUACCGGAGACAAAAGGAAGAACCCUUGAAGAUAUAGAGGUCCUUUUUGGGAAGUUCCACAGAUGGAAAGAGACCAAUGCUUUCCUCAAGAAUAAGCGUGUGGAUCCUAAUAAUAAUGGAAACAACACCGCCGACGGUGGUCAUGUUCAGUAA